GGGCUGGAUUCAGCCAAUGGGCUCUAUGGAUGGGCCUCGAUCGUCUGUCGGCUGUAGUCGGUCACUCGGCUUGCUUCACACCGAAAGCUACAGUAGGCUAUGUUGAUUCUGGUGAUUUCCCGACCUCAUCGGGUUCGGUAAAACGACAUCCUCGGAGCCGGGUUCGGGAAAGGGGACUAGGUAUCUGGCUCGGAGAGUGGCCACCUUGCACGGUGCGAAAACGGAGUAUUUGCGCUGGGAAGAGGCGUGGGGCCUCGAUCGGCGGGGGCUGCACGGAGGGACAGGCGUACCGACCGAGUCGGGCUGGAUGCGCUGGACUCGGCCCGGAGCGCUGCGGUUCCAGCAAAGCACCAUACCACAGCCCAGACAGAAAGACGGAGACACGGACGUCGCUGUCUCCAUUCCGGACUAUAACACUAUUUAUUAUUGUAAUAACGGUUCUAUACUGUAGAGGAGACCAGGUGAGCUCACUGACAGUCUAGACUGCAGCUGUCAAGCUAUUUCAGUCCGGACCGACUGGUUUUGGGAGAACGAACGGACCGACUGCUGGACUCAGCUUGGACCGGGUCCUGGAGAGUCCAGGGCGGGUUGUGGAGCUCGGAUCGCCCGCUGACGGCCUGCCAUCAUGGGCAACGUGCCCACGGCCAAGAAGGGGAGCGAGAUGGAGAGUGUGAAGGAGUUCCUGGCUAAAGCCAAAGAGGACUUUCUCAAGAAGUGGGAGAACCCUGAACAGAACACAGCGAGUCUGGAUCAGUUUGAGCGGUUGAAAACUCUGGGUACGGGUUCGUUUGGCCGCGUCAUGCUGGUCAAGCACAAAGAGACCGGGCAACACUUUGCCAUGAAGAUCCUCAACAAGCAGAAGGUUGUGAAGCUGAAACAGAUAGAACACACUCUGAAUGAGAAGCGUAUUCUGACGGCUGUCAGCUUCCCUUUCCUGGUACAAGUAGAGUUCUCCUUCAAGGACAACACUAACCUGUACAUGGUGAUGGAGUAUGUACCUGGUGGAGAGAUGUUCUCUCAUCUACGACGAAUCGGCAGGUUCAGUGAGCCUCAUGCUCGGUUCUACGCGGCUCAGAUCGUUUUGACCUUUGAGUACCUGCACGCCCUGGACCUCAUCUACCGAGACCUGAAACCGGAGAACCUUCUCAUAGACCAGCAGGGCUACAUACAG